UCUCCCCAGGUCAUCAUCGAACGCUAUAAAGGGGAGAAACAGCUGCCAGUGCUGGACAAGACCAAGUUCCUUGUCCCAGACCAUGUCAACAUGAGUGAAUUGGUCAAAAUAAUCCGGCGUCGCUUGCAGCUGAAUCCCACCCAGGCUUUCUUCCUGCUGGUGAACCAGCACAGCAUGGUGAGUGUGUCUACCCCCAUCUCGGAGAUCUACGAGCAGGAGAAGGACGAGGAUGGCUUCCUCUACAUGGUCUAUGCUUCCCAGGAGACCUUUGGCUACUGAGGCCUGCUGAGAGGUGGCACGCGGAGACAGAUGAACUGUGGCGCACAGGCCCCUGGCCUCAGAAGACAACACAACCAGAGGCUCACAAGAGGGGGACUGUGCUGACUCCCUUUCCCCUCCUCCCUCCCUAUCACCCUGUCACCAAAGAGGCUUGUGGCGGGUGUUGGACUCGCACAACCCUUCACCUCUGUGUAAUUAGGCCCACUCCCCCCACACACGCACCCACGUGCAUCCAUACCUACCCAUGCACACACGGGGCCUCGGCUUCCUAUCCCAUCCCCUUCGUGUAACCUUCAGCUGCUCUCGCUGUGCUCUGUGUGUGCGCGUGUUUGUAGCCUACUGACGCAACAGUUCGGCUGGUGAUGGAGAGAGGACAGGACACUGUCGCCUUCCCUUUCCGCACAGGGAGAGCUGCCUCCCCUCCAAGACACUAAUAUAAAGGGCAGGAGGUCUGCAAAAGCAGCAAACAGAUGUUACACGUUACCAUUGCUCCUGAGUUUUAAUUGAUUUUAAUUACACUCCUAUCAGAUUCUUGGUGCUGCUGAGUAGAUG